AUGGCUGACUGUUGGUCCUGCUGUGCUGCCAGGUGCAACCCCUGCCGCCUGCUGGGCUUGAGGCCCCUGCCUCCCGCUGCCCACCCCUCCCUGCUGCCACCCUCCCAGCAGAUCACCGUCCCGCCCUCGCUGGCGCGCCGCUACCCCGGGCUGAGCGCGGUGCUGGCUGCGGCUGGGAACCCGUCGGCGCCGCCCUCUGCCCCAAACCACACUUCCUUCCGCACCCUGGACCACAUGCCCUGGGCCGCCUAUGCCAAGCCCAACAACGGCAGCUCCGCCACCGCCCAGAUCUUCGAGGACCUCGUGGUGCCGGGGCUGCAGGCCUCCAUGGGCUGGCAGACCUGGCGCACCGCCUACGGCAACUUUGGGCCUGAGACCUGCCUGUACGAUGCAUACGAAUCCCAGAACGCCACCUGCGGCAUCCAGCCCGGCGGCUGGGCCUCCAUCAACAUCCAGAACCUGUCGGUACCGGCAGGCGUACCGCCGCCUGUGGACCCCUGGGCCGCACCGCCAGUGACCGCCUGGAUGAGCUGCGACGACCACUCCAAGUGGGGCGCCGCGCUGCCGCUGGGGAACACCACCGCCGCGCCGCCUGCGCCCUGGGUGUGCUUCUGCGACAACAACCGGGAGUGGAGCCAGAGGUACCGCGGCGGCGCCUGCACCUGCACCAAGUCGGCGCCGCUGUGGCGGGCCUGGGCUGCCACCGUGCAAGCCGCCCCCAACACCUGCAACAGCUCGCUGAACAAUGAGGGCACCUGCCCCGCUGGCCGACCCAUCUACGCCCCCAUCGCCAGCGGCAAGGGGUGGCGCUGCAUCACGUGCUUCAAGGCUGGGCUGGGGUGCAGCAUGGCGUGCUCCGCCGCGGGCUGCUCGAAAUGUAAGGCCGGUCAGUUCCUGGCCCUGCCAGGCACACCUGGAGCCGUAACCUUCAGGGCUGGUGGUCGGUCCAAGUCAUAUGCAGCCUGCCGACCGUGCAGCGGGCCCAGCUCGCUCGGAUUUGGCGCCGCCUGCCGCUCCUGCAGCGCCUCCAAGUGCCUUGGCUGCAAGUCUGGCUGGCGCCCUGGCGGCCCGCGGGGCACAUGCACAAAGUGCCGAGUGCCAAACUGCGCCGACUGCCGGCUGGGAGCCAAGUCGUGCCGCGCCUGCGCCAAGGGCUACCGCCUGUCGUUGCAGCUCGGCGGCGGCAGCAGCGUGACUCGCUGCGUGCGGCGCUGA